CUUCAAAUAAAAACAUACAAGGUGAGGAUCAAUAUAUUAGAGGAUUAAAUGGCAAAAAAGUUGAUGAAUUAGCAUUCUAAUGUUUUUGAAAGACAAACGUCUUCCAAAGUAAUAAAUGAUAAAAUAACCAACUGAGUGACUAUUAAAAUAAUCAUGAAUGUGUUCAUCAGUAGUUGAUGCAGUGUUGAAACACUUCUUAAACCUGAAACGAUUUAGACAAAAAUCUUCUUCGAUGGCAUGGUGAAGCACCUUUAUUUUUAAGAGUGCAUUGUGUGCACGCUUAAAAACUAAAAAUAGUAAAAGUGGUGGUUUGUAAUCUGUACUGCAGAAUGAUUUUAAUCCUACAUUACAUUUGUAUGCACUCACUGCAAAAUGGGAACUUUAAUUAACACGUAUGCAAACAUCACCCGGGUAAACUGGUUUUGUAACAGCUACUGCCAUAUUGUGGUGUAAUCCGAAUGCAUCAAAUAAGAUCAGGAGGUCUCCUGCUGUUACAUAAGCUCAUAGUCUUUCAAGACUAACUCCUUGUCUGCCAACUAUCAAAUCAAAAGACGCUCCAGCUAUAAUCACUUUGUCCUCUUUAAUCCUCAGUUGAGUUUAAAUAGCAGACAGUGCCAUUAUCUUGAACACUGGUCACACUUCGCAAAAUGGGCAAUGCUAAAAGUGGAGCGCUUUCCAAAGAGCUUCUGGAGGAGCUGAAGAUGAACACCAAGUACAGCGAGGAGCAGCUGUAUGCAUGGUACCAGAAGUUUCUGAACGAGUGUCCGACGGGCCGCAUCAGUCGAGAGCAGUUUGAGAGCAUCUACGCCAGCUUCUUCCCCGACGCCGAUCCCAAGGCUUACGCUCAGCACGUCUUCAGGAGCUUCGACGCCGACAGCGACGGGACGCUGGACUUUAAAGAGUACAUUGUGGCUCUGCAUCUGACCUCCUCAGGGAAGACCGUGGAGAAGCUGGAGUGGGCCUUCGCUCUGUACGAUGUAGACAGGAACGGCACCAUCACCAAAAACGAGAUGCAUGAAAUAGUCAAGUCAAUAUUCAACAUGAUCUCCAAAGAAGACCAGAAAAACCUUCCGGAUGAUGAGAAUACUCCUGAAAAACGAACAGAUAAAAUUUGGGACUUCUUCGGGAAAAAAGAAAACGGUAAAAUAACGGAGGGCGAGUUCAUUCAAGGAGUCAUGGACAAUAAGAACAUCCUCCGUCUGAUUCAGUUUGACAAACCACAAAAGGUCCAAGAGCGGCUCAAAGAGAAGAAGCAAUAAUCUUUGUUUGUUUUUGGUUUGCAU